AUGGCUGGGUCCCGAGAGGAUCCCGUCGAAUUGGGGAGCGACAUGGACGAAGAUGAAGCGCUACGCUAUGCUAUUGCCCUUUCACUCCAGGAACAAGAGGAACAGGGAGACCAGAGUUCGCAGAUCCCGAGCGCCUCAACCUCGACAUCCCACCGGAAGGGGACUGGCUCGGGCGGGGCUUCCUUGGGUUUGCUCUCGCUCGAUCGCAAGAAGAUGGAAGAGGAAAGGUUGCAGAGGUUAGCCAAGCGUCGCCGCUCGCCAGAGGACGAAAGAAGUGUUGACGAGGUCCCGCCGGCAAAGAGGAUGACACCAUCCGAACCUUCCAGGACUGUAACCGCAACGGCAACGGCACAUGUAUUACCGAGCUUCGUUCCCUAUCCCAAAGGUGCUAUCAAAAGAACUUGGGCCAAAGGGUAUCCGCGGACUUCCGAUGAUAUCAAGAUCGAAGAGGUGUUUCAGAAGGACAAGUUGGAGCUUGCUCUUCUAAGCUCGUAUCAGUGGGAUGAUGAAUGGCUCAUGUCCAAAAUCGACCCGAGAAAGACUAAACUGUUGCUCCUGGCAUUCGCCGAUAGCGAAGCCCAGAAAUCAGAGAUGCGAUCGAAUGCGCCACCGGGAAUCAAGUUCGUCUUUCCGGCAAUGAAUGGGCCUGGGGCUAUGCAUUCCAAGCUUCAGUUGCUAAAGUACCCUGACUAUCUUCGAGUUGUGGUCCCAACUGCCAAUCUCGUCCCCUAUGAUUGGGGGGAGACUGGCGUGGUGGAGAAUAUGGUCUUCCUGAUCGACCUUCCUCGUUUAAAGGACCCCGCGACGUAUCGGCAAACCGCGUUCAGCACCGAGCUCGGCCGAUUCCUGUCAGCAACUGGUGUUGGUGAGGGCAUGGUAAGCAGCCUCGCUAACUACGACUUCUCACAAACAAAGCACCUUGGCUUUGUGUACACCAUCCCUGGUGGUCAUCAAGGAGAUUCCUUAAAGCGAAUAGGAUACAGCGGGCUGGGCACCACUGUGGCUGCUCUCGGGCUAGCCACUGACGAACCAAUCGAAGUGGAUUUUGUCUGCGCCUCUCUUGGGUCGCUAAACUACGACUUGGUGGGCGCAAUCUACAAUGCAUGUCAAGGAGAUGAUGGCAUGGCCGAAUAUAAGUCGAGAAUAGGCCGAACGGGCGCAGCCUCCAAGAAUAAGGCGUCAAACCCGUGGCAGGAGAAGCUAAAGGACCGUUUCCGAAUAUAUUUUCCGACGGAAGAGACAGUUGGCAGAAGUCGAGGUGGGCGUAAUGUAAGUUUACCUGGAGCAUGGCAUUGCAUGGAUGGAUGAUCUUGGAUAAACUGGAGAAUCCUCACAUGCGACGAGAAAGACGCAAUGAAAAGCCAACGCUAAUUUGUGAGCGCGCUGAUGCAGGCUGCGGGCACCAUCUGUGUCCAGCCCAAAUGGUGGCGCUCGCCAACCUUCCCCACUGAGCUGGUGCGGGACUGUGUUAACACCAGAGAUGGGCUCCUGAUGCACAGCAAGAUGAUCAUGGUAUCACAGAUGCAAGCGGGAAGUCAAUUGCAAACGCGUCCGCAAACGCGACCGGAGCCGCGAUACCACGACUCAGGGCCGGCUGCCGCGGAGCCGAAAACGGAAGAGAUGUCUCUUGGCUGGGUCUACAUUGGCAGCGCAAAUCUGUCAGAAAGCGCAUGGUGAGUGAGACCCUGACCCUGCCCCCAUCGAACCCCCUCUUUUCUGUAAGACAUGGGGGAAACUUGAGACAACAAGGCAGCAAGCGAGCGAACAUCAACGGCCAGUGCGAUGGUGCGGUUCUUUAGAUAGUGUAGCGCGCUACUAGCUGCCUCUUGAGGAGAAUUUCAGCAUGACCGGCACGAAACUGUGACGAUUUCAUGAAUCUAACGCUGACGGUUGCGGCUACGUUGUGCCAUACAGGGGCCGCAUUGUCAAGGACCGAGCGACAGGACAGCCAAAGAUGAGUUGUCGCAAUUGGGAGAGCGGUGUUGUAGUGCGAAUUAGUAACCCCAAAAACAGCAGCACCGUCUCCGCCAGCUUCAGCACCAGCGCCAGCGCCAGCGCCGGUGCCAGUUCCAGCACCAAGGUCAAGGCGGCAGAGGGCCAGGCACGGUCAUCGGUGCGGGCGGGGAAGAUAUCGGGGGAGCCGGACAAGGGAUGUGAUACGAGCCAACAUAAUCAUCACCACUACCAGAUGCAGAAGCAGAAUCAGAAACAGAAACAGGAGGAAGGGCUCACGGACACAGAUGCACACACAGAUUCAGACAUGAUGAGCGGCACUGUUUUCGAGGGCACAGUCCCAAUACCAAUGCGACGACCAGGUCGACGCUAUCGUGAGGGUGAAGAGCCCUGGUUUUACAGUGUGCAGGGCUGAUCGACCAGGGCGCGUUUGUUAGCCAUUUUUGGGGCACUAAGCGAUCAAAGAUGAAGAAGAAGGGCAGAAAACGCACUGAACAGGUCAUAGAUGUUGAGGACGGCAGUUGUGAAUAACCCUGUCGUCUCAGUUUGAUAUUACGGUAUUGUAAGAUGGAUUGGAUGGGCGUUGGCCUCUGCGCAGUACCGUACCAGCCGUAUGUACAUAUCUGGCAAUCUGCAGAUGCUCAUGUUUCGGAUUCGGUAUCAUUGAUCAGUCGACGCAACGGUAUUGCGUUGCGGGCAUGUGAACAGGUUGAUAGCAAGGUCACGCUCGUUUACCGAUGAUAGUGAUACCACCAUAUAUCCCGUAAGGUGGUUAGUUUAAUUACUAUAGAAUGACUCUAGGGAUUAAUGACCCAGGUGUUGCCAGGUCCAGGAAUAUAGAUGGAGAUGAGGAGACGUAAUGAGUUGAUUCUCUGUGUAUUAGUAUCGUGGCGAUGCGAUGGGAUGCGAUGGGAUGCGAUUGGGAUGCGACAGGGUACAA